AUGCCUUUGAUUGACGAAAUUAAUCCAUAUAAUAAUAUCGAUGGCACUUCUACACCAUUGGAAUCUAAUUCAUGUAAUUGUGUUAAUUGUAUUGAUGACGAUAACUGUGAUCGGUCACAGAAAGAAAGAAAAGGUGGUUCCAACUUCAGACGAAGUAUGGAAACAUGUUAUCAAAGGUAUAAAGUAAAUCCAGGACAUUACAAGGCCAAACGUUUUCAUUGUAAGAAAUUCUGGCCGAGGGAAAAUAAUAUUACUUACACAAGAAAUUCUCAACUACCUACGCAAAUUAAUAAUCAUUACGAUGAGCUUCUUUUAAAGACCUGGAUAGUAACCGAUAUUCCAUUUGAAGUAAUUGAAACUCCGUUUAUUAAGAAUCUAUUUAAAACUCUCGUUCCUGCUUAUGUGUUGUCAUCUCGUACAACACUAUCGGGAUGA